CCCGCUUCCGGAACGAUGUUGGUUUCGAUUAUGGCGUAAGAUCAUUCAACGAGUGCAAAGCGAAAUUAACUCAUUUGCUUUCUAGGAAAGUGACUGGACAUUUUCUUUCUGGGAGCGUGCUCUUAGCGGUUGAGACAAGAAUGAGACAUGGACAGCAUACGAAGGAUGGAAGGAUAAACAACAGUACUGAUGACUAAUAAAAGACAAAUAUAGAAAAUUCAAAGAGGAAUCGGGUAACAAGGAUAUCAUGAUUCAGCAGAGGAAGACCAGUAGGGAAAGUUGAAGAUGGACUAGUAUUGUGUGGACUGUUGUUAGGAGAAAUGCUCAAGGAAGAGGAACAUGGACACAUCAGGAGAAAACUCUCGUGACUCUGUGGAGCUGGAUAUGAACGAAAUCCAGGUCUUUACUGCCAUGCAGCCAUCAGUUUUAUCCUCAGCAGACAUCUUGGUGUCUGACCCUCAUUGCAUCCUUAAUGGUCAAAUACAUCCAGACACAACCUUCAAAGACAGCAAUGACCUUCAGCCAGCUGUUGUCAUUGUGGAGCAGCCCCAGCAGCGAGGAUUCCGAUUCCGGUACGAGUGCGAAGGGCCAUCACAUGGAGGUUUGCAGGGUGAAAAGACGGAACGUGGUCGUAAAACACAUCCAGCCAUUAAGAUUGAAAACUACAGUGGGCCUGCUCGCAUUGUUGUGUCGCUAGUAACUGACGAAGCUCAUCCACAUGACCAUGCUCAUAAACUUGUUGGCAAGAACUGUAAUGAUGGCAUCUGUACUGUUGAGCAGCAAUCCACAGCAGGACCAAUCGGUUUUCCCAAUCUCUGUGUGCUGCAUGUGACAAGGAAGAAAGCAGCAGAAGUGCUGUUUAAUCGCAUCUUGGAAGCCAGAAAGCUUGAAAAGAGACUUAAGGCGAGUGACAUGAGUUUGGAUCCUAAAAUAACGGCGGAGGAGAAUAUGAAUGCCAAGAAACAAGCACAAGAACAGGCUCGGAGCAUGUCUCUUAAUGUUGUGCGACUAUGCUUUAGUGUCUUCUUGCCUGAUAGUAUGGGACAGUUCUGUCAUAGAUUGCCCCCUGUCUAUUCUCAAGCCAUCUAUGAUAGUAAGUCUCCGGGAGCCUCCGCUUUGAAGAUAUGCCGCAUGGACAAGUAUGGUGGUUGCUGCACAGGCAAUGAGGAAGUCUUUCUCUUGUGCGAAAAAGUUCAAAAAGAGGACAUAGCAGUGAGGUUUGUGGAGCACAAUGAGGAUGGCAGUGUCAAGUGGGAGGCUUAUGGUAACUUCAGUCCUCUUGAUGUUCACAGGCAGUAUGCCAUUGUUUUCAAAACACCAGCCUACUAUAAUGCCAACAUUGACAAAGCUGUGAAUGUUAUGAUUAUGCUACAAAGGAAGACGGAUGCAGAAGUCAGUGAGGCAAAAGCCUUCACCUACUAUCCUCAGAAUAAAGAUAAAGAUCUCAUUGCCAGAAAGAAACGCAAGAAGCUUCCUCUCGACAGCACUUUCAACUAUUAUGGGGGUGGGGGUGAUGGUCCAGGAGGAGGAGCACCUGGUGGAGGGGGAAUGGGCGGAGGAGGCUUUGGCCAUCCAGGAGGUGGAGGUCAUGGAGAUCUAGGUGGAGGAAAUGGUGGAAGGGGCCCCAGCAGCUACAGCGUCAUGCUGCCAAAUGGAAACAUUGUUGACCAGUUAGGUGUCCUUCCAGCCACGGUGGAGCAAGUUGUUAAAGAGGAGUUUGCCCGGCACACUGAUAGCCCUGAUCAAACUUCAACAGACGACUCUAACCAAAGUGCAUUUCCAAGCCCCUAUUACGAUCCAAUGAUGUGGUCUGGGCCAUUAGCAGGUGAUUUAGAGAUGGAUGCAGCUCCUCAUUCACUUCGACCUUCUGUCCAGAGCACAGUUACACAUUUAUCAAAAGGUCUAGUCUCCAGUCUUGAUUUGUCCUCCGUGUCAUCAAAAUAUGCAAGUUGCAACAAACCUCAGCAGGGAAACUCACCACCUUCUAGCUCUGUUUCUUCACGAGGAUCAUUCCAGCCAGACAGCAGCAUCGGCACACAAGCUGGCAGAAAAGAAAAGGCAAACAACGUAGCAGUGACGCCAAACAUGUCUGGGACAAGCUUGACCGUAGAUGAUGUUGUUUUUGAAAGAGCAGAUUCUGUGUUAAGUUCUACAAAUGCUAGUAUGACACAGGAAGGAGAAGUAAAUGAAAUCCCAUUGUCACCAACAUCGACAAUGUCGGUAACUGAUAUAAGCUCUAAAAAAGAGAGGAACUCUUCAAUAGAUACUGCUUCACUAACAAAGACAAGUGAACCUCCUAUAUCGGAAGGUGUGAGAACAGAUGAAGGAUUUUCUGAAGUGUCUGAAGAAACUUCCAUGAGAGAUGAAGGGAUGCCCAGGAAGGCUGAAACUGAACUGGGAUAUAUGACAGAACCAAACAGACAAGCAAAGCAAGAAAUUGCUUCCAAGCCAGUUAAAGAAGCCACAGCAGUUGUGAAGAGAAUCAUGGAACGAAUCACAGCUCGAACAGUGCGAGCAUUGCAGGACUACUCUGAGACAGGAGAUGUGCGUUACCUGUUAAUGGUGCAACGUCAUCUCACCAUGGUGAAGAAUGAAAAUGGAGAUUUGCCCAUUCACUUGGCAAUCAUCAACAACCAACUUGAGACACUACAGCAUCUUCUUGAUGUGAUGACCACACUUCCUAAUGCAAGGGCUGCAAUAAAUACCUACAACUACCUGAGACAGACGCCUCUGCAUUUAGCUGCAAUCAUGCAGGAACCUCUUGUCAUUGAGAUGCUCCUGCAUGCAGGUGCAGACCCAUCUCUGGCUGACAGGAAUGGCAACACACCUGCACAUCUUGCUGUCAUGAACAGCUCUACUGAAGCACUUAGAGCUCUUGUGAAAUACCUUCGACCAGGGGUAACAACUGCGAAACCAUUCCCUGAGCUCAACUAUCUGAAUUAUGAGGGUUACACACCUGUGCACCUUGCUGCUCAAAGUGGUAAUGUUGACAUGCUAAAAAUACUGGUUCAUGGAUGUGCCAAUGUUGAUGUGCCAGAUGGAAAAAGUGGUCGCACUGCCUUGCAUCAUGCAGUAGAGUUAGAUGAUUUGCCUGUGGCUGGCUAUCUUCUCAUGGAAGCCAAUGCAGAUGUCAAUGCCAGAUGUUUUGACGGAAACACACCUCUUCACAUUGCUUGUGGACGAGGUCUCAUUGGUAUGGUUGCUUUAUUAAUGACAGCUGGGGCAAACCCAGACUUGGAAAAUGAGGAGGUGCCAUCGGAAGAUGAAAAAGCAGCAGAUUCAGAAUCAGAAGAGUUGGAAGAUAACCAUCCACGGAGAUGUCAGAGAGGACUGCAGCCCAUUGACUAUGCAGCAGGAAAUGACAAGAUAAUCCGUGUGUUGAAAGGUGACCAGUACCUUGUGCAAGAUGACCACACUUCAACCACCAGUGAUUUACAGGAGGACUGUGUAACAGACAGUGCUAUCACCAUCAAGUCAACCUGUGACAGUGGUCUGGCAAGCAUACCCAUGUCUGUUGCACUUGGUGACAUGGAACAGCUUCUUUAUCCAACUCGUGUGGAACUGUCCAUGCUGCUGGAUAAAAUUGCUACUGACAAAGAUGUCUUCACACUGGCAGCAAAGCUGGGUUAUGAUAACCUCAUAACAGCUUUGGAAGUUAUGGGAUGCAGUGGUACCAGCCCUACCCGCUUCUUGUUGGAUUACCAUGAGACUGCAGAUGGUAAGAUCAGUCAGCUGAGGGACUGCCUUCGAUCCAUGGGUCGAGAAGAUGCUGUAGAGAUCAUUGACAGAGCCCUUGCUGGUGCUGUCAAAGAUAAACACAGUCUGCACCAUUCACUGAUGGACUCCGGAGUUAUUGGGUUAUAAUUGAUCAUGUUAAUCUUAUAAUGACAAUUGAGCAGUUGUAGAUUACAUUUUGUACAUUUUAAGUAGAGAUAUAGUAAAACUGCCCAGGAUGUUUUUCUGCAUAAAUUGUUAAGAACAUGUCAAGGACAAAAUGUUUUUGUGUGUGUGUGGCAACAAACAAUGUUUUUGCUUGGUUUACCUGCUUGCCAUUAGCAGCAUGAUUGUGUGGAAUGCAUCUUCAACCUACUUACACAUGUCAGGGAGCAGUUUAAUAAGCUGUGACAUUGUGGUUCUCAGAAGAAUAAGAUUACUUUUUGGUUGUUAGUUUGAAGUCUCAUUAUUUGAAAAGUCUGACAAAUCUCUGAGUAGAUGGGACUGAAACACUUGACAUGACUGUUAUAGUCUGGAACUGCCAAGUGAAGUAUCAUUACAUUGCAAAGUGAAUGCUAAGCAGCCACGAUGCAGAUUAAUUGAAUAAAAUCUGAUGGUGUCUCAGUGAGAAUAAUAAUAAUAAUCAGGGAAGAUAAUAAAAACAAAAAACAUAUAGUGCGGGGAUGUAGCUGCAGAUGGUGCCAUCCCUAUAGUGAAAUGGCUCUAAAUGUAUUUAAAUUCAAGUCUUACAAAAUUAGGAACUUUGAAUGGAUAGACAGGAUUCAGUAAGAUUGAAUGAGUUAAAGUUGCAUAAAAAGAGGCAUAUAAGCUUCAAGAAUAAUGACAAUACAAGUUUAAACUUUGAUACAAUUGAGAGUAACGAGAAAAGCUUACAUAAUGGUUAAGAGUAUGAUGGGUGGGGAAAGAGUUGUAAAGAACACUUUUUAAUACUUAAGCAUAAAUCACAAUAAAUUUCUCUAAAUUGUAGAUACACAGUAUUGACCUGGUAAACAUUCUUAAUGAAAGCUCCUUGACUAAAGAGCACAACAACACUGUUUAGACACUUCUUUUUGAAAUGUUGAUGUAGCUUUUACAUCAUGAUUACUAUAUAAAUGAUAGGAGAGAGAUUUGGGAAUAUAAAAAAAGGUGAUGGACAGAUAAAGUUAGGGAGCGAUGUCUUGAGUUAACUUGGGUAGAAAUGUGGAGGUGGCUGAUUACUGGUCAAAUUAAUGUUUACACUGCCUAUUAAGACAUAACACAUUCAACCAUUAGAAAUAAUAACAUAAUUAGGAUGAACAUUUUGCCUUCUGGACUCAUUAAGGCAAAUACUUGAUUGCUGCAAUUAUUUUUCAGCUCAACUGUAUACAUGCCUCUCUCUCACUCUCUGUAUGUCUUCUUUCACCAUUAAACAUGUUCUACACCAUUUCAUUUUUUUUAACCGAAUAGUUUAUAUCGAAUUAAGAUUUUAAUCAGAUGAAUAUCAAACGUGAGUCAUUGAUAUUUCAGGGAGUCUCUUUUCAUUUUUUAUGUUGUUCAAAAUCAUUGUAGAUAAAUGAAAAUGAUUUAGGCACUUGUUUCUGCUUUUUAAACAAGAAAAUGGGAGCGCAUUUAGAUGAUGUUUUGCAAUUUUUAUUUAAAUUCGAAACAAUUCCUUAAACAAUUUAUUUGUAUGCAUUUAGUAUCUAUGUUGAUGGAUGCAUUUGUGUGCAAGAGUAUGAGUGUAUGUUCAAUCACAAGUGUGUUUAGCAAAGUCAUGUUACGAUUUAUAAUUCACCUAUGUCAUGUAUAGCCUGGCAAGAUUGCUUGUAGGAAAGAAAAGUGAGUAUGAUGUGCACAGUAAUGUUGGUCAAGUUUUAUAAUAGGUAUUAAAGAUGACAUGAAUGAUAGAAUUUUCUGUCAUUAACAAAAAAGAAAAUAUAUGGUGAAAAGAAGGUUUGCAGGGAUCAGUCAAAAGGGAUAUGAAGAAGCAGGGACAAGUCUGUUUUUGAAGCAAGCAUUUACAUGUUAAGAAAACUUUUAUCUGUCCUGACAAAUACUGAAAACAUGAGUGCUCAGAUUUAUUUUUUUCAAGUUAUAAGGACUACAACUUGUUGCCAUUUUAAUACAGGGACAGAAGACUCAACUUUGACCCUCUUGCGACUGUGCAGUACCACUCAGUUCCUGUGAACACUUUUCGUUCAGGCUAUUUUAUGUGAGCUAUUACAGCUCCGGUCAUGUGUCCAUGAUUGUGGGAGAUUGUGUGUGUGUGUGUUUUUUUUUAAAGCUUGACAUGAAUAAAGUUUGUGAUACAGCA